GCAAAACUAUUUAUACGUAGUAUUAUAUACUUCUCCCUCAACAAACGCACCCUUAUCUCUCCCUCACUACUUAAACUCCCAAACAUGGCCUCCCCAAUGAAAAGCAGCAGCAGCAGAAUUUCACUUGCCAUGGAAAGAACUGGCCAAUGGGUUUUCUCUCAGGAUAUCCCAGCCGAUGUCACAGUUCAAGUCGGUGGAGUCACUUUUUCUCUUCACAAGUUUAUGUUGGCGGCAAAGAGCGAUUUCAUAAGAAAGUUAAUCCUAGAGUACAAAGAAACCGAUCUAACGAGGAUAGAUCUGUCGGAUAUACCUGGCGGCCCGGAUAUCUUCGAGAAGGCGGCGAAGUUCUGUUACGCCGUCAACUUCGAGAUCACGAUUCAUAACGUCGCCGCGCUCCGUUGCGCCGCCGAGUAUCUUCAGAUGACCGACAAGUUAAGCGAGAGCAACCUCGUCGGUCGGACAGAGGAUUUUUUCGCCCGCGUCGCCCUGUCGAGCCUUUCCGGCGCCGUUGUCGUGCUCAGAACAUGCCAGGAUCUUCUCCCCAUGGCUGAGAAUCUCCUAAUCGUGCACCGGUGCGUUGAGCUUGUCAGUGCUAAGGCAUGCCUGGAGGCGAAUUUUCCGAGCCAGUCGCCGCCGAAUUGGUGGACAGAGGAGCUCACAGUGCUUGAUGUAGAAUUUUUUUCUAGAAUCAUUGACGCAAUAAAGGCAAGAGGCGCUAAACCGUUGACCAUAGCAAGGGCCAUCAUAACGUACGCCGAGAGGUCCCUACGCGAUCUAGUCAGAGACCACUCCGGCAACGGCAUACAAUCAACUCCGCCGGAAACUGACCAUUCCGACGUCAGAAUUCAGAAACGGGAGCUACUCGAGUCGAUCGUGACCCUCUUCCCGCCCGAAAAGACCGCGUUUCCGAUCAACUUCCUAUGUUGUCUCCUCAGAGCGGCCAUUCUGCUCGGCGCCGGCGGCGGUUGCAGGAGCGAGCUGGAAAAGAGGAUAUCGGCUUUUCUUGAACUAGCGACGGUGGACGAUCUUUUGGCCUUUUCUAUGGCGAACGAAGGGGGGAGGCUGUUUGAUUUGGAGAGCGUGAGGAGGGUUAUUUCCGGGUUUGUGGAGAAAGAGAAGAACGUGGCGGUGUUCAACGGCGGCGAAGACUUCAGGCCGGAAGUUUGCUCGGCGGCGGUGCAUAGGGUUGCCAAGACGGUGGAUGGAUAUCUUGCGGAGAUUGCAAGUCACGGGGAGCUUAGCAUUUCAAAGUUUAAUGGAAUUGCAAAUUUAGUUCCAAAGGGUGCCAGGAAGGUCGACGAUGACCUCUACAGAGCAAUCGACGUGUACCUGAAGGCACAUCCACAGCUAGACGAGAUUGAAAGGGAAAAGGUGUGCAGUGUGAUGGAUCCGCUAAAGCUGUCAUACGAGGCUCGAGUUCAUGCCUCUCAAAACAAACGGCUGCCCGUUCAGAUAGUCCUCCACGCCCUCUACUACGACCAGCUCAAACUCAGAAGCGGCGGCGUGGCCGCAGACUCAGACCGGAUGACCCCGAGAGCUCCCGCCAUAUGCACGAGGAACCAGUUGCAGGCCGACGUGUCGCUGAUGAAGGAGAACGAAGCGUUGAGAACCGAGCUAUUGAAGAUGAAGAUGGUCAUAUCCGAAAUGCAGAAAGGGAAUUCAACUGGUAAUAGUAAAGGGAGCUCAAGUUCUAGUAAAAAGCCUACAUUCUUUUCCACAGUCUCGAAGAAACUGGGGAAGUUGAACCCUUUCAAGCCGGGAUCUAAGGAUACUUCACAUUUGGACGAUGAUGAUAGUGGGUUGGAAGUUGCCAAGCCUAGGAGGAGGAGAUUUUCCCUCUCUUGAUCAAUUUACGUACAUAUAUAUCAAGUUUGCGUGGUUACCUUUCUGCAUAUUGAUGAAUCUAAUUUAUUGUUGGUUUCUAGGCUGUGCUUUGUGAUAUAACUUACAUCUCUAGUGGGUUGAAUUGCUAGUUUUUUUCGGGAAAAUGUAUUUCCCCUGUCCUUCAAUAUAAUGAUGCACUUUUCUUUUUCACGAUUCCUCUAUCCCAUAAUUAACACCAAUUUGCUUUCAAGUAGGCAUGAUAAAAAUCAAACUAA